UUUGCUUUAAAUCCUCCUCCGUUCUUCUUCUUCUUCAUUUCUAACUCUCAUUUUCUCAUUUUCCUUUGUUUUUCUUUUCAUCCUACCUUCUCUUCUUUCCGUUUCAGCAAAGGAAAAAGGUUAACACAAUGGUGGGUGUUGGACAACUUCCCGGGAACUUCCUUCGCCUCUUGCAUGACCAGGGUAUUCUGGAUCAUAAUUUUGAGAAUGUUAGGAGGACUCAGGCUCAAGGGAAUCAUCUGGUUCUAAGCGAAGUGCUCACUAUGUUCAUCUAUCAUAUCGAUGUUUCAAUGACAGAAACAACCAGACUCAUGACUGAACCCGAACUGGACUAUGAAACUUUAGCUGACUAUCUUCAGAUGCUCCAAGGAAAGAGCGCAAGCAUUGGUGGUUGCUUGAUGGCUGCGGCUUGUCGUGAAGUUAGACAAGCUAUUGAUGCCAGAGACAAGGCAAGGUGCCUAGAGACUUUUGAACUGGUUAAGCAAGAGUACCUAACUCUCAAGAAUAUUUUGCUGCUGGAGAGAUGUGCCAUGGCUUAUGAGAAUUGGAGGGAUGGCGCAGGGGGAGCUGCUUGAAAUGGAAUUUAAGGACAAGUUUAUAUGAAUAAAUGGAAUUAAAGUCAUGGUUUGUUUGAGGAUCUUUUUGCUUUAUGUUUGUGUCUGAAGAACAUCAGUAGUGCCUUUGUUGCGCAGUGUGUUUGAACCUCCUUUUAAAUAUGCAGGCUCCUUCAACAGAAGGACUUUAAAGUA